AUGCAGGUAACGACUGCAGGCGGAGUGAAGGUUUACAACCUAAGCGCCGGGAAGAGCCUGCCUGAAUGGAUCUCGGAGAGAAAACGAAGAGCCCUGCUAAAGAACGACCUAGGUCUAAGACGUCGAAUCGAGCUGCUGCAGGAUUUCUCCAUGCCGAUAGCGUCCACAGGGAUCCAAGUAACGGCCGACGGACAGUAUAUCAUGGCGUCAGGGGUCUACAAGCCCAGAAUCAGGUGCUAUGACGUGAAACAGCUCUCGAUGAAGUUUGAACGGUGUCUGGACGCGGAGAUCGUGAAGUUUCAUAUGCUUUCUGAGGACUACUCUAAAUUUGUCUGUCUUCUGUCAGACCGUCAGUUGGAAAUACAUGCUCAGUAUGGGUUCUACUAUCGGACGAGAAUCCCAAAGUUUGGUAGAGAUUUGUCCUACCACUCACCGUCAUGUGACCUGUAUAUCGUGGGAGCAAGUUCAGAGGUCUACAGACUCAACCUGGAUCAAGGUCGCUACAUGGCACCUCUCCACACCAACGCUAGAUCAUGUACUGUUUGUGAGAUUAAUCCUCAUCAUCAGCUUCUCACCAUCGGCACAGAACAGGGGGGAGUGGAGUGCUGGGACCCCCGCUCUAACACACGAUGUGGGCAGAUGGCUGUGAGUUUGGACACCAUGGACUCAGGAGGUGACACUACACUGCAGCCUGCCGUGACGGCUCUGAAGUACAAGAAUUCUCUCACUCUGGCUGUGGGCACUGCCUCUGGUCAGGUGAAUGGUUCCAAACUCUCGGAGAUGAGAGUGUUGCUAUAUGACCUCCGCACUCCCACACCUUUCCUUGAGAAGGAUCACCACUACUCCAUUCCAGUCCACUCAAUUGCAUUCCAACGCAGCCAGGACUUGGUUCUGUCUGCAGACGCAAAGGCCCUCCGAAUAUGGCACUGCAGUGAUGGCUCCCCAUUCACAGCCAUAGAGCCUGAGCAUGCCAUCAACAGCGUGUGCUACCUUCCAGAGACAGGAAUGGUGUUUAUGGCCUGCGAAGACUCCAAAAUGCUCUCCUACUACAUCCCAGCGGUUGGCCACGCCCCCAGGUGGUGUUCAUUCCUGGACUCCCUGACGGAGGAGCUGGAGGAGGCGGAGCCUGUCGUCUAUGACGACUACAAGUUUGUCACCUCCUCAGACCUGGACACUCUUGGGCUGUCUCAUCUUGUCGGAACCAACCUGUUGAGGGGUUACAUGCACGGUUACUUUAUGGACAUAAGACUCUAUCACAAGGCAAAGGCAGUUUCACAGCCAUUUGCAUACAGAGAGUACCGAAAGGAGAAGAUAAGGCAGAAGAUAGACGAACAGCGAGCUAGCAGAGUCAAGGAAAAGAAAGUGCUGAGGGUUAAUUCAGAGCUCGCCAAACGACUAAUGGAAGACACCAAAAAGACGGUGAAAGAUGUGUCAAAUCCUCUGGGAGACAACCGGUUUGCUGCCAUGUUCUCCGAUGCCAACUUUCAAAUUGACGAGGAGAGUGAGGAGUUUCGGGCUGUUCAUCCAGUGCUAGCAAAGGCGAAAUUGAAAAAGAAGAAACUGGAAGAAAAACAAGCCGAUAUUGAGAGAGGAGAAUCAGAGGAGCGGGAGGGUCGUCCGAGUGACGAGAGCAGUUCAUCAGACGAGGAAGAGGAGAGAGCUGCCUGGAGAGAAGUAGCCAGAUUGAGAAGAAGCAAGAUGGCAGAGGAGGGGGAGAAAGGGAGUGUGGGGGAAGAAGGAGCAAAGGUUGAAAUGGUGGCGGUAAGUGGGGGAGACAGACUAAGUAUUCAGAGACCUUCAACUGUGUCAAGAGCCUCCCUGGGAAAGCGGCUGGAGAGGGAGGGAGGAGCAUCUCUGGCCACGCCCCAUUCUUCGUCUCUCGGGAACAAAGAGAUGAAGUUCUCCCUCAAGAAGAGUGAAGUUGAGACAACUCACAAACAGCGGAUGAGAGAUCACAGAAUCGAGAGAAGGAAACUCGGACGCUCGGCAAAGAAAAUCCUACCAAAAACUCGAAACACACCUGUCUUUUGGAAAGGUCGCCGCGUGAAGUAAAACAUUACUUUUUAACCAACACGUUAAUUCAUCAUGCGCAUACAUUAAAAUGAAAAAAACGAGAAAGUUUUUAAGUUGUUCAACACACUGCAUUUACAAUGCAAUCAUUACAGUAAUAAGAACAAGUAAAACAUAAUGUCUUGAUGUAAGGUGGACAGGGUUAAUUUGAGAAGAAAAAUAAUUGCAAUUCUGUCUGUGAAUUCAGAUGUACAAGUCUUCGGCGAGUCUCACUUUUGAGGUAGGGAUUUUCCCUAUUUUCCCAGUGAAGACAUGAGGGGUGCUCCCGAGCUGUCCAAUCCAGUAAUCGGACGAGUCCCGACUGAUGACGCGGAGGUAGGAGCCGGAUUUGAAGCUGAUCUGUUCGUCCGACUCAGCCGUGUGAUCCGCUGUCGUCUCGUAAAUUUCCUGCUCUCCAGACAGUAGUUCCAGCGUUGCACUCUUGGCUAGACCACGCAGGGCCGAUAUCCAGCUGGUCAGACUUUCCUUUGAUCCCGGAGUAAAGUGGUGUACCUUGUCCCCUUUCAUUAGUCUGAACGAAAACUUCCCGUCCUUGCCCGCAGGGCUGUAUGCCAUGUCAAACUCACUGAGCGAGAGUUUAUCCGACACACGUUUAUCUUUCUGGUUCUUGUAGCAACAGAAGUUAGUGCCCUCCACGGCACACCAUUCUUCGUAGAAUUUCGAUUUCUGUGGCGGCUUGUGGCUGAGACUGUCCGAGUGUCUCGGAGUGUAGCUGGCUGGGGGUGGGGGCUUGACGAUCUUGCUGGCAGCUGCUGCAGCUGGCUUGGACACACCCCUCGGUGGGAGAGAGACUGGGGGUGAUUGCAGAGAGGGUGAGGUUGGAUCUACCUCACAGUAGACCUCCAGUUCCUCCUCGUCUCCCUUGGGUUUCUCCAUCAGUACAUAGUCUUCCGUUGGUCCCUGUCCAAUGUCCAUUUCUGUGUAGUCCUCUGUGGGCAAUUCAGCACCUUUAGCUCCACCCACUGGCGGCACCACGUCCUCAUACAACUCCUCCACUACCUCACCCCCUCCUCCUCCGGCCACGACGUCGUCGUACAUUUCCUCGACGAUGUCGCCACCCCCUGACGAUGUGGGCGGGGCCACCACGUCUUCAUACAGUUCAUCUCCGCCCACGUCUGGCUGGGCGGGGGGCGGGGCAGCGGAUUUCUUAAGCUGAGGGGUAAGUUUUGGUGUGGGGUUCGGGGAAUUUCUCGGGGGGAGUGAGGGGGAAGGUCUAGAGGAGACAGAUUCGCUGCGAUCAUUGCGAGCAGGGAGUGCAGGGCUAGGGAGCCUCUGCUCCUGUCGGGGAGGUGGGAGAGAGGGCGCGGUCUUCUCCGGGGGAGACGAACUCGGCUUCACAUCGUCAAAUUCUUCGUAAAUGUCUUCUUCAAUUUCCUCUCCGGCUGGCAGCUCUUCAUACAGACCUUGAUCUUCUUCGAUUCUUGGGACAUUAGUGGGUGUGGCUGACUCCGCCCCCUCGUCCUCUUCGUCCGAUCCCAACUCCAGGUUGCUGGUGGAGACGCCUAGGACCUCCUCCAUCACCUGUCUCCACGAGUGAACCUCGGACGACGGGAGACUCAGCGUUUCCUUGUUUCUCCCGCUGCGGACCAGGAGACCCUCCGACUGCUUGUCGUGGCCCUUCUUCUCCAGUUUGACAGUUCCAGAGCCGUUCAGGAGACACACGUGGUGAUACUCCUUCACCUCCUCCCCACUCGUGAAAUAGAUGGCCGCGUACGUGACCACGGCGUAGGUUUUCUCCCACCCACCAAAAGUUCCCUUUUUCCUGUGCACGUAGCCUUUCAUCUGUACUCCUUGCUCAGGGAUCUCGUUCACUGGCUUGCUUUUGGCCGAUCGAUUAGGCGACACUGAAAAACUCGUCCUCUUGUUUUUCAACGGAGAGCCGAUUUCCUCGUCUGAUGUAGUGGUUGGAUCUAUUACGAUAUCAGGGCUUCUCUUGCUGUUGUUGUUGCUGUUGAUCUUGCUGUGGCUCCUCUGGCUUUUCUUCUACAGGUGGACAAGUUGGCUCUGUAGGACAAGCAUCUAUGGCUUUCUGCAGCUCCUCCACCCACUUCUCUCUCAGCUCACUGGUCUCCACACGGAAUACCCACUGCUUUUGUUCCCUGUGACUGAACAACUCGAUCCCGUUUGGUGCUGCGUCGCUAGGCGAUACCAUGCAUCCAACCAGCUCUAGCUCUUUGUCCUUGGAGCCUGCAAUGAGGACGAGCGUUGUUUCCUUCAACUUCCCCGCGAUCUUGAUCCAGUUGAAGCUCUUUCCCAGACGCUUUGGAACCCGUUUCUCCAGCGCUGACUUGAUCCUCACUCCCUCCUCCUGCACCUCUUCUUCCUUCUCAGCAGUCCCUUCUCCCUCUGUCGCCUCCUCUGCCUCUUUCUCCUCUUCCUCCUUUACCUCUCCCUCACCUCCAGCCACACUGGUCGUCUCCUCUCCUUCCCCCUGCUCUGCAGGCUCCUGCUCCCCAUUCUCUCCCUCCACUAGGGUCACUGCUGACACGUUUUGUCCUGUCUUCUU